AUGGCUGAAAAACACAUACCACUCAUGGCUAAAACAUACCUACCCUACAUGGCUGAAACAUACAUACCCCUCAUGGUUGAAACAUACCUAACCCUCAUGGCUGAAACAUACAUACCCCUCAUGGCUGAAAUAUACAUACCACUCAUGGCUGAAAUAUACAUAUCCCUCAUGGCUGAAACAUACCUACCCCUCAUGGCUGAAACAUACCUGCCCCUCAUGGCUGAAACAUACCAACCCCUCAUGGCUGAAACAUACAUACCCCUCAUAGCUGAAAUAUACAUACCCCUCAUGGCUGAAACACACAUACCUCUCAUAGCUAAACCAUAA